AUGACUGCUAGAGAACUGAGAUCGCCUCUGAGAGCCAGAAACUCCACUUUCAGUGCUUACACGAGUCGACAGAACUCGCCAUUUCGUACGGGAAGCAUAGCCAGUGAAAGUGACAACGACGUGGCAUUGUUCCAUCCAGACCAGCCAGUGGCUCCACAGGCCUCACAGACAUCGCGUGCUUCCCAGCCAGCCACAGUGCAAGAGCCUGAACUGAAAAGACGUACGUGGUUUGGGCUACCUAAGGUUUUGGACGUGACGCUGAGCGAGCCACGAGAUGUGCUUCAGAGCGAAAGAACGCUUCUAGCGUUUGUACGGUUCUCUACUUCGUUGUACUUUGCAGCCACAGGCAUGAUUAUGGGGUUCCACCUUCGUACUUCGGGGAAGGAGCAUAAGCAUUUGCCCAAUUUCAAUAAUAACUUGUUUAAUAAGAUCACGGCGGCGAUUUUGAUUGUUUUGGCGUUUUCUACGUUGAUUAUCAGUGGGAUCAAUUACUUUAGAACCGUGCGGCGGUACUCACAGCAUAGAAUCCAUACGUAUGGGUUUAACAACAUCACGAUGAUAUUGUGUGUGACGGCUGUGGUUGUGACGUUGAUUGGGAUCAACAUUGCGUUGAUCAUUGAGCGGUUUAUUGAUCACAGAUAA